CUCUCUCUUAUUUGUUCUUCACUCCACCGGCUCAAUCAACCAUCCAACAACUUCCAGCUUUUUUAAAAAGAAAAUUUUUGCCUCUUCAGAUCUCUCAGUUAACACCUUCAAUUCAUUUUUUUGAGCGCGGAAGUCAGUCCGUGAGCGGAGCCGGCAAGAUCCGACAAUGGAUAGCUUGCCGACGACGACGAAAUCUGACCGCCGAUGGAGGUCAAAGAAUAUUCAGACCUCCAAGCCUUCUCUAGUAAUGGCCUUCUUCUCUUGCCUCGCUUGGCUCUACGUUGCAGGCAGGUUGUGGCAAGAUGCGGAGAAUAGAACAUUGCUCACUAAUCUUCUUAAGACGAAUUCCGCACAGAGGCCGAAGGUGCUUUCGGUGGAAGAUAAGCUAGCUGUCCUUGGAUGCAAAGACCUGGAGAGGAGGAUUGUGGAGGCUGAGAUGGAAUUGACAUUGGCCAAAAGUCAAGGAUACCUCAAGAACCAGCUGCCACAGUCCGAGUCGGCUUCUGGCAAAAAGCUUCUGGCUGUUAUUGGAGUUUAUACUGGAUUCGGUAGUCGCCUCAACAGAAACGUCUUUCGAGGGUCUUGGAUGCCGAAAGGUGAUGCCUUAAAGAAGCUGGAAGAAAGAGGAAUAGUGAUAAGAUUCGUCAUUGGUCGGAGUGCUAAUCGAGGUGAUAGCUUAGAUCGAAACAUUGAUGGGGAAAAUCGCUCAACAAGGGAUUUCUUAAUUCUUGAAGGUCACGAGGAGGCUCAAGAAGAAUUGCCUAAGAAAGCAAAGUUCUUCUUCAGUACUGCUGUGCAGAACUGGGAUGCAGAUUUUUAUGUCAAAGUUGACGACCAAAUUAACCUUGAUCUCGAGGGGUUAAUUGGACUCCUAGAACGUCGCCGCGAUCAAGGCAGUGCUUAUAUUGGAUGCAUGAAGUCAGGAAACGUUGUAACAGAAGAGUAUGUGAUUAGACCAAACGUUUCUUCAACUCAAGCUAAUGAAUCCAGCUUUAAAGUAUUAUUUUAUUGUAUUUUCAGGGGGAGACAGUGGUAUGAGCCAGACUGGUGGAAAUUUGGGGACGAGAAAUCGUACUUCCGGCAUGCAGCUGCUCCACUUAUCAUACUCUCAAAAAAUUUGGCUCAAUACAUUAACAUUAACAGCGCAUCUCUGAAGACCUACGCUCAUGAUGAUACAUCGAUCGGAUCUUGGAUGAUGGGUAUCCAAGCAACGUACAUUGAUGACAAUCGCCUUUGCUGCUCGAGCAUAAAGCAAGGUGAAUGUUGUUUCUUUUUACAAGGUCUGUUCCCUAGCUUGAUUAGAGGAACUGGCUUCCUCCUGUCUCGUGAUUCAUUUGCUUCGACAUACUGAAAGAAGCUGUUCUCGGAAUUACUUCUUGACAACAUCUAAUCAAUGGAUCCACCUCCGAUCAGGACCGUGGAUUUCAGACUGAUUCUUUUAACAUUCGCCAGCUGCAGAUUCUUCAACGGUAAACAACAGGCUAACUAGAUUUUUUUGUAUAAAUCCAGUGUGUCGAUUGAUGCAGUUAUAACGUGGCGGAUUGAACUUACAAUAGAGGGUUGGUUGCUCUUUGAGCAGAAUCCUAAAGAGUAGAGUUGUUCUUUGUGUGUCGAUGAGGCUUCUUUUGGUUUCUAGUUUUAUCAGUUUUGACUUCGGUUGUAAAUGUAUCAUCGGACAGCUAUGCAAUGUAAAUGUAAAUGUACAGGGGAAUGACAAUGAGUUAGAAUUUAUAACUCCCCUAGUUACGCUUGCCAAUCAUCAUAUGUGACUGGGAAACACGCAGGUCCCGGCUUGGGCUUUCUGCUCAGAGCUUAGAAGGCCCUUUAAUCCUAUUCACAUUAAACUCGUCAAUCACAGUCACAAGGCUGCUAACGAGAUGGGCGUUUACUAGGUUGCACAAUAUAUG